GAGGUCACUAAACAAUAGUAUAAAAGUCAAGCGGUAACGUAGCUGCUUUACCGGGAUUUCUUAGGUUGGUCAAAGAUCCUCGUACAACAAUGAACGGGUUGCUGUUGCUCGCGGUUGCUCUCGCUGGUCUUGUUGCUGUCCAGGCAGGAAAGGGUCAUCUUGGAGGUUACGGCUACGGUAACCAGGGCUACAGAUAUAACAACCUGGGAUAUGGUCAUAUGAAUGGGUUAUACAAUGUGGGAUAUAACGGACUAUACAACGGAUGGCAUGGCGGACUGAACAACGGAUGGUAUGGGGAUGAUGACUACAACAACUACUUCAGACCAUACGGCAACAUGUACAACAACUAUUACGGACACAACCCCUGGCAGUACAACCAAGGCAUGUGGAACGGUUACCCCAGCGUGUGGGGUCACCAUGGCGGGGGAUACAACUCGGGCUUGGGAUACAAAAGGAGCUCUGUGUAUUAAAUUGAACUCUACUCAGUGCUGGACGUCCUAACCCGACAAAUGACACGGAUUGUUAAUGGAAUGCUCCGCUUUUUUCUACUUCUUUUGUACUACCUGAUAAUAUUUGUACAUAAUAAAAAUUAAGGCAGCAU